AUGUGUGAGGAAAACAGCACUGCAACGAUCAAGGAAUUUGUAUUUGUAGGUUUAACAGACAGCCCUGAACUGCAGAUCAUCCUCUUUGUAGUAUUCCUAGCUUUUUAUAUGAGCACUUUGGUAGGAAAUCUGGGAAUGAUUGCCUUAAUAAAGGUCAGUCCCCAGCUCCAUACCCCAAUGUACUUUUUUCUCAGCAAUCUGUCUCUCCUGGAUGUGUGCUAUUCUUCUGCAAUUACCCCUAAAACAUUGGUGAACCUUUUAGAAGAUAAAAAGUCAAUUUCUCUCAUUGCAUGUGCAGUGCAAAUGUACUUAUUUAUAGGUCUGGGGAGCACAGAGUGCUUUCUUUUGGCAGCAAUGGCCUAUGAUCGCUAUGUAGCUAUCUGCAAACCAUUGCUGUACCCAGUUCUUAUGACUCCUGAAGUCUGUAGUCUUUUGGUGGUGGGGUCAUAUGUUCUUGGGCUUUUGCAUUCUCUUGUUCAUACAGUCUUCACCUUCAGACUAUCAUUCUGUGAGUCUAAGAUGAUCUGUAAUUUUUUCUGUGACAUCAGUGCACUUUUAUCAAUCUCAUCUUCUGAUACCUAUAUCAAUGAGCUCCUGAUUUUUUAUGUAUCUGGUCUUAUAGAAAUAAUCACGAUCCUGUGCGUCUUGUUUUCUUAUACCUAUAUUCUCACCAGCAUUGUGUUGAGAAUCAGCUCAGUUACAGGCAGGCUUAAAGCCUUCUCCACUUGCAUCUCCCACCUGACUGUGGUCACAAUCUUCCAUGGGGCAAUUCUCAUUGUCCAUUUCCGACCAAAGUCUAGCAGUGGAUCAGAAUUACAAGAGGUAAGUGACAAAAUUAUUGCUGUGUUCUAUACAAUUGUCACCCCCUUGCUGAACCCUUUGGUUUACAGCCUGAGAAACAACGAAGUGAAAGAUGCUCUUGGAGUUAUUCAAAGGAAGUUCUGUGUUUAA